UGUUCCAGCAUCGGCCCUGAGCACCCGGCCUGAGUUGUUGCUGUUUUAAAGUUAAUUUUGUUAAUUGAUCACUCUGUUACAAAGUACCCUGCUGUACUCGUUGCGGUUUAAAUCAACUAAGAAAAAAUCAUCAUAGUGACCAGAAUCUUGGCAAUGAAAUUCCACAGUGUAUAUUUCUUAAUCUUCCUUAAUCAUUUCGUUCGCUACACCGAUGGCAGGAUAACGGCAAGGACGUGGCGGGUGUAUCGGCCUCGAAAGCCCUCCCCCUCCGCAGCCUCUUUGCCGUGUGUUUCCGAAGGCCAAAUCUCGACCUUCACCUUCCUGAAUUUCGCCCUCUCGGUCGGUCAAAUGGCGUGAAUGACAUCGAGUUCACUAAACCAGGGAGGAAAAAGAGAAGGCUGGGGCAGCCGAGAGCUAUGACUGACGCUACCUGCCGGGGCGAAGAUGCCAAUUCGACGCACAUUUUAGAAGAUGCUUCCCUUGUAGAUCAACAGGUGUCUCUCGGUCUCAUGAUCAGUCUCCAGAGGUGGUUGAGUCUGUCACAGCAUCUGGCCUCGGUUGGCGGAGGAGAGAUCGAGCUGGAGAUGGACUGCUCCAUGCCUGUCCUAUGCGGGGAGGGAGGAGAGUUUAGUCACUUGACGAAUGCCGUCGUUCGAUCUAUUUGGAAAUACGGCAUUGCUAAUGUCCCAGUUCAUGUUCGGAACAUAUAAGAGUAUUUCAGAAAGCUGUAAAUUAUCAUUCAAGGAAAUGAAUAAAAAGUGAAGUUUA